CGCUUUUCAAAGGAUGCUCGGCCGAUGAGCUAGUUCUCCUAGCUCCCCGUUUUCUGUUCGAACGUCGAAAUCUGAUCACCGGUGUCUCGUUCCUCAUCCACCCGUUGCUUGCAUGAUCGUUUGUACCGCUGCUGGUGACGGCGCGACCCACUUCCCUGACCCUGCUCCUGGUCCACCGAUGGAUUCCUGCUUGCCGGCGUUGGGCCAAAAGGUCCCUGUCUCAAGCACCGCUCAGAUCAUGACGAAGCAAAGCUGGUCCAACGCUAGAAGCCUGGAAGCAUCUCUCCUUCACCUCCAGCAAAAUGGUGCUUCCCGCUUCCCCGUCCUAGGAAUUGCUGCGGGCCAUCAAGUCCUUGUACCUCUGCUUACUCCGACAGUACAAUGAAAUAUUACGAGCUGACCUCAGGCUAGCUUGCUGAAACUAUCAGUUUCCUUCCCAUCUACGCCAUCACCACUCCUGGUCUGCCUGACCUCAAUUUGCGAUUUGCGAACGGACCUCUCAGGACUAGGGUUCUCGUCUGAUGAAUCUCAUUUGCUGCCUUUUCCACAUCAAGAGCGAAUUAUCAGAGGACCCUCGCAAGCGCUAGAACGCUUGCGCAGAUGCUUCUAGUCUGGGAACGCGCAAUCUGCGUUCCGAAUUCUUGUUCCCUCUUGUACCCCUCGUCUGACUGCCUCGACAUCUAAAAGUCGUUCUCAUAUUAAGCCAUCCACCCUGGCUACCCUCGGCGUCAGAAUCUCCCCUCUUUCCCAAUAUCCCAGAUCACCUCCAAAUCCUGGCUACUACCACCAAGCUUGGAAAUACAAGUCUGGCAACACCCAGUCGCAGGCAGCCGCAGAACCUCCAGACUGGCGGAGGGAGGGAAGCGGAGGAGCGCCGCAGGAGGAUCAUCCAUGGUCGCGACUGGGGCACCAGCCGCACGAGGAGGCUCAUAGGUACAUGUCACGAACUUCCCCAACAGACCGGGCACCGAAUACCUCUUCCGGCUUUCCAGGAACGUACGUUCCUGCAGCGCAGACCUCCGGUCCAGGUGGAGAUUCUUCCAGACCGAGCACGGCGAGUGUAGCUAGGACUGAGGCUCAUGGCAGCUACGAGGGAACCAGUUAUGGGAGACAAGCGGCGGAUUUCAAUACUGGGGAUGGUUCACGUCGACCUUCGGCAGAAUCGACAAUUCAGACACCUUCUCGGGUGUUUGGGAUGCACAACAUCUUGAACCCGCAAACAGAACCAGAGGGGCAGCCUCUAGGAGCCACAUCGAUCGGUCAGCCCCAAAUGAGCAUUAUACCGGGCCCUUCUGAAGCAUCGCCUCGGAUUCGAAAGCGCAUAGACCUAAGAUCACCGCCACAGGAACAUUCUCAAUCAAGCCGUGCUCGUAUCGGGAGGCGUGUGCUUACACCCAGAUCACCUGCCGUCCGUGCUGCAAGCCUUGGGGCUCGAAGAAAUCCUACCUUCCAUUCCACCAUACAGCCUCUCCAGCCGAUUCCGGGGCCCGGUCGCACGUACACUGCUGAACCUGGACCUUACCGAUCUUCAGAAAUUCCCCCGCUUCCGUCUUUGGCGAUUGCAACAGGGCCCAAUGUGCCCAAUCUUGCGCCGCUCGAGCCAAGCAGUCAGACUCGAUCUGCGCCCGUGCCCGGAAGCCCUCCACAAGGUUCCGAACCUUCGACGACGCAUCCAGCCGAUCGACCUGGACCGGGCCACCCGACAUAUCCUAGGUACGAACAGCCUUCGCCGAUGUUCCGCUACGGCCCAGGCCAACCGUUAUCUCAGCCUUCGUCUGCGCACAGGGGUCUACCACCUGGCGUGCUAGGUGGAUUCGGUAACGAACAUCAAAUGCACGGGCCUCAUGAAGGCUACCAGUUGGGGCCAACAUCAAUGAAUCUGACGUUGGACACGGACCAGGGACCCAUGGUUCUGCCUGUGGAAUUGGACCUGCAACAAGCCUCGCGGGUAGCCGACGAAAAGAGAAAACGCAACGCCGGCGCAUCAGCUCGGUUUCGAGCGCGGAGGAAGGAGAAGGAGAAGGAAGCGUCUCAUACCAUCUCAGGGUUACAGCAGGAGCUUAGGGACUUGAUGGAAGACCGAGACUAUUAUCUUGCAGAACGAGACUAUUUCCGCGACCUCGCCGCUCGACAUGGCGCCUCUACGCAGCUGUUACAGCGACCUCCUUCACCUCGGCAGCGACGACCAGCAGUGGCUGCGUCGGUGGGACCGGCCCCAACAAGCGGUGCAAGUUCAGAUCCCCAGUUUAGUUCCGAAGAGUCGUAUCGUGAACAUCACGAGGCCGCUUCUUCCGCUCAGCGCCGCCGAACAGGUGACUAUCAACCAGCCUUUUUGGCCACGCAGACUCAGUCACCCGCUCUAUCUACUUACAGUGCCGGAUUCCCUCCUCAACCGCCCAUGCCGCUUCCUCCGCCUACGACCACGGGGCCGUACGCACCGGCGAGAUCACUGCCUCCGGGACCACCUGCUCCGUCCAUCACAAGAUCGCAAUCCUACGACCCUUUCCGCCGAGACCCUUACGAUCGAACUUGGAGUUCCGGCCGGUAAUCCGCACGGUGAUGUGAGAGCUGACCGCACAUUUCUUUCCUAUCCGAAAUGACUAUCCUAGAGAGACGACUAUGAGGGCAACCUCAGACGCAGCAUCCAAUGUUUUGUAUGAUGGACAUGAUUAUGAAUGAGCCGAUACUCAAAACGGAUGCUCAACUGUCGUCACAAGGAGCGCUAUACUACAGCUCCUUUUCGAACAGAUUGGGAGACGACUACAACGUUGAGAAUACUCUUCUUGACUAAUAUCCUAUUUUCCUUUUGUUAUUUUCAGCAUAUUGCAUGUGCGAGAUACCCCUGGCCGAUUUUCACUUCCUGAUAUAAUGCUUUGUUUGAUUUUUGGCGAUUUUGGAUAUAGCAAUAGAAGAAGUGAGGGAAACGCAGUAGCAGGCACUGCAGCGAGGACACUGGACGAUUUCCUUUGCACAUGGGCUGACGGCAUUGAAUCACCAGACGGAUGGUGGCUGUACAAUGGUACUAGGAUAUGUAUCCACGAGAGAUGACCCCAAUGCAUCAUAUAUUGAGCUACAUCUAUCUACAUACCAUUGACGUG